UCCACAGGAGAAAUAAACAUCGACGGCCGGUUUUAAUUUAUAGCAAUUUAAUUAAGAGGCCAAAUAAUAGUUAUAAGAUGAUAAAAAAAUGGAUUAUAACAGAAGCCGAAAGAUAAAAAUUACUUGAAAGUACGAAGUGCAACGGAUGUCGUGAAGAAGAUGUUGAAAAUACUUUAAAUUUCAAUUGAUAAUAGCACAAAAAUGCUGCCCGCCAUACCACUUCUCGUGCAAGCCGGCAUGGCUUUGGUUGCCAGUUAUGGAGGUUACUGGUACUACGACCAAAAUCUGCGAGACUUGGACGGUGACCUCAACAUGCCUAUGCUCAAAUUCGACCUCAACAUCAACAUCUUUGGCCAAACAGAGGCACUGAACGCGCUGGUAAAAAAGCUCAAUGAAGUUCCAUCAGGCUAUGGUGCGGACGUGAUUGUUUUGUUUGGAGGAGUGGGCGUCGGGAAGACGCUGGCCCUGUCCCUCAUUCGGCAGAACUUCUCGCAGCAGCGGGUCAUCACCAGUGUAAUUCAACAAAAUUUAGAGGACCUCUCGCAGUCCCAAGAACUGCACAGAACGCUCAAGUCCAAUCUGUGCCGGGUGAAAAAUGGAUUUGCCCUGGUCACCGUGGACAAUGCAGACAUCUCGAGCGUCGACCUCUGGCGCUUUGUCAAGGCCGUCGAUAACAUUUGUUUACAAUUCAAGAUCAAAGCCAAAGUUGUGAUUGGAGCUCAGCUGUUCCGAGAGACCAGCUCUGAAAAUGUUCGCGACCUGAUUUCGCACUCGUUCAAAAGCGAGGACGAGUACACCAAGUACAUCAAUGACAAAAACCAGAAGGUCUGCUCGUAUUUCAACCGCUGUUCAGCCAUCAUGUUCAGACCAAUUUCUUUAGACACUUUGAAAAUGUGCAUCAGCGCUUCGGCCAAGACACUCACUAGGAUGGACCUUACCGAGAAGCAGAUGGGCUAUUUGCUGGCGCAGAUCACCGAAGUCGGACUCGAUUAUGUGCCUGGCGGCUGCAAAUCGGUCGAAAAUUAUGUGGCACUGCUGCAUGAUGGACUCUAAAAUAUGAACUUUUGCACAUAACUUAUUCUGACGAUAAAGUACACACAGAGAAUUGCACUAUUAAUACCAAAGGCUGAUUUUAUAUAAAUGAUAAUACGUAAAGCACAAUUUGUAAAUUCAUUAAAUUAUUUUACUUGUUUUAGACGUUUUGCAGAUUAAAAUUUUUUGAAUUACUUUUCUUUGUGAGUUUUGGUUAAUGAAAUGCUUGGUUCAGUUUAUAAUAAUGAAUCUGAAAAUAUAAUUAAUUGUGCGGAUAUUAAGUUUGAUUCAAACUUUUGGAAACUGAACUUCAGUAUUUAUUAUUAUUAUUUUUUUUUUUGAAAGCUUAGCAAAUAAGCUUAAAAUUGUUGACCUCUGUUUUUAAAGUCUUUUUUUGCCAAAUUUGGUGAGUCAUUAAAAUUUGAACUGAAUAAAUGA